AUGGCGCCUUCGAAUCAGCUCGGUAAACGCGUCAAGUUGACCCAGGUGCGACGGCCAUUUAUCGUCGGUACCACUGCCAUUCCCUUCUCCGAGACGAAUCCCAAACCGCCCGGCACACCAGACAACCAUACGCAUUCAUGGCAGGUGUUUGUCAAGGGACUGGAGGGCACCGACAUCACGUAUUGGCUGCGCCGUGUCCAGUUUAAGCUGCACGAAUCGAUUCCCAACUACGUGCGAAUGAUCGAGGGCGAACAGGGAAAGCCGUUCGUCGUCAAAGAGACAGGAUGGGGCGAAUUCGACAUCACGAUCAAGCUGUACUACGUCAACGACUCUGGCGAGAAGCCACAGACCAUGUACCACUAUCUUCGCCUUCAUCCCUUCGGCCGGACGGAAGAGGAGAAGCAGUCCAUGGUGACCAAGAAUGGAGAAGUCCGAUCAUGGAGCUACGAGGAGCAGCUUUUCAACGAACCGUACGACGCAUUCUACCAGAUCCUGACGUCGGGAGCUGUGCCCAAAGGCUGGAAACCCUCUGGAGGAGCCGGCAAGGGAAAGGGCAAGAACCGCGCACCACCGCCGCUGCCCGCUGCCGACAGCGGCGAGGUGUGGGAGCGCACAGCCAUGAUCCCCAACCACAACCGGCCCGGACAACCGUUUAGUCGCGAGACCGAGGCCGCCGAGGUGCGGAAACUCAAGGAGGCACAGACGAAGACGGAGGAGAUGUGCUCUCGGAUCAUGCUGGAACUCAAAGCCAAGGAAGAAUUGCUGGCUAAGCUCAAGGCCGAGAACCAGGCGGCCGCUGCCGCCGCGAAACCUGCCUAG